UGGAGGUGGCUGAGGGGUUCGGUUUCGUUGUGGUAUGAGAGGGUUGAAGGGAACCCUCCUGAGAUCUUGCACGGCCCUGGGUCCUGCCUUCAUUCUAAGGAGGCCCCGUUCUCGAGACCGAUCCCAGUGACCCCUGUGAAAAGGUCGUCUGACCCCCCAAAGGAGUCAUGACCCACAAGUUGAAAACUGCUGACUUUGAAGGGCAUUCUCCAUCCUUAUGAUAUUUAAUUCUUCAGCCAGGGAGAAUAAGGGAGCCCGUUGUGGAUAUGCUGCUGUUCUUUGCUUUGGGAUUGCUUGUCCAUUUUGUGUUCUUCGCCUCCAUCUUUGACAUUUAUUUUACAUCUCCUUUGGUCCAUGGAAUGACUCCUCAGUUUACACCUUUGCCUCCUCCAGCAAAGAGAUUAGUGUUAUUUGUUGCUGACGGCCUGAGAGCAGAUGCUCUUUAUGAGUUAGAUGAAGAUGGAAACUCCAGAGCACCUUUCAUUAGGAAUGUUAUAAUGCAUGAAGGCAGCUGGGGAGUAUCUCACACACGUGUGCCAACAGAAUCUCGGCCUGGCCACGUAGCCUUGAUAGCUGGCUUUUACGAGGAUGUCAGUGCGGUUGCCAAAGGAUGGAAAGAAAAUCCGGUAGAAUUUGACUCUCUUUUUAAUGAAAGCAAGUACACAUGGAGCUGGGGGAGUCCAGAUAUCUUGCCUAUGUUUGCCAAAGGUGCUAGUGGUGACCAUGUUUAUACAUAUAGUUACGAUGCUCAAAGAGAAGAUUUUGGUGCCCACGAUGCCACAAAACUGGAUACCUGGGUUUUUGAUAAAGUUAAGGACUUCUUUGAUGCUGCAAAAACCAACCAAUCUUUGUUCUCAAAAUUAAAUGAAGAAAAAGUAGUUUUUUUCUUACAUUUAUUAGGAAUAGAUACAAAUGGACAUGCUCACCGGCCAUCAUCAAGGGAAUAUAAGGACAAUAUUAAAAAAGUUGAUGAUGGAGUGAAGGAAAUUGUGUCACUAUUCAAGCAUUUUUAUGGUGAUGAUGGGAAAACUGCAUUUGUCUUUACGUCUGACCAUGGAAUGACAGACUGGGGUUCCCACGGGGCUGGUCAUCCUUCAGAGACGUUAACUCCUUUCGUUACUUGGGGAGCUGGAAUCAAAUUCCCUCAAAAUGUGUCAGCUCAGCAAUAUGAUGAUGAGUUUUUAAAAGAAUGGAGAUUGGAAAACUGGAAGAGGCAAGACGUCAAUCAGGCUGAUAUCGCACCACUGAUGGCGUCCCUUAUUGGAAUCCCCUUCCCCCUUAAUUCAGUGGGAAUACUUCCUGUGGGUUAUCUUAACAACACUGGUCUCUUCAAAGCAGAGAGCAUGUUUACCAAUGCAGUACAGAUUCUUGAACAGUUCAAGGUGAAAAUGACUCAGAAAAAAGAAACUACUUUACCGUUUUUGUUUACACCAUUUAAGUUGCUCUCAGAUUCUCAACAGCUGGACAUUUUAAGAAAAGCAAGAUCUUACAUAAAACAAGAAAAAUUUGAUGAAGUCGUGUCCCUCUGUGAGGAGCUGAUUGACCUUGCCCUGAGAGGACUGUCCUAUUAUCACACGUAUGACAGACUGUUUCUGGGCUUCAGUGUUGCAGUUGGUUUUGUGGGAUGGAUGUCUUAUGCUUCUUUGUUAAUCAUCAAGUCUCACUCUAAUAUCCCAAGAAGCACUAGGAAGGAAGGGAAGAAGCCUCAUCAUCUCCUGCCUUGGAGCUUCAUAGCUGCUGGUGUCUUAGCAGCAUGCUUCCUGGCGAUGCAAGCCUGUCCCUGGACUUACUACGUGUAUUGCUUGCUGCCAGUGCCCAUAUGGUAUGCAGUGCUAAGAGAGCAUGAAGUUAUUCAAGACCUGGUUGGAUCACUAUUGACUUUUCCUCUGAGCCAUUUUGUUGCCUACUUGCUUGUCUUUACCUUGGGUAUUGAAGUCCUGGUGCUCAGUUUCUUCUACCGCUACAUGUUGACAGCUGGACUGAUUGUGUUCGCAGGAUGGCCGUUUCUCACUCAGCUGUGGACCCGAGCAAAGAUCACUUGCCUGAGUUGGGCUUUCUUCUCUUUGCUUCUUGCAGUGUUCCCACUGAUGCCUGUUGUGGGCAGAAAGCCAAACCUUUCUCUAGUAAUGGGUGCCGGAUUGCUGGUUCUUCUGCUGUCCCUGGCUGUUCUAACAACUCUCGUAAAAAGAAAAACUAAUUUGGUAAAGGAGGAACUGUUGGUACUCCUGUUACAGAUGCUGAGUACAGUCCUCUCUGUGUAUGUUGUGUACAGCACCCACCACAGUCUGUUAAAGAAGGAAGGCCUGCCUCUUAUGAAUCAGAUGGUGAGCUGGGCAACAUUAGCUUCUUCCCUGGUGGCGCCGCUUCUGAGUUCCACAGCUGUCUCUCAGCGACUGGCCAGCAUACUUCUUUCCCUGAUGUCGACCUACUUGCUCCUAAGCACGGGGUAUGAAGCUCUCUUUCCAUUAGUGUUGUCCUGUUUGAUGUUUGUCUGGAUACACGUGGAACAAGAGACCCUUCAACAGCCUGGCGUUUCUUGUAAACAGAAGCUUACCAGCAUCCAGUUCACCUGCAAUACUGACAUAGCUCAGUUCCGACAGCUCUGUUUGGAUGACAUCCGUAGGGCCUUUUUCCUUGUUUUCUUUUUAUUAACUGCAUUUUUUGGAACUGGAAAUAUAGCUUCUAUUAACAGCUUUGACCUUGCCUCUGUGUAUUGCUUUCUGACUGUGUUUAGUCCUUUCAUGAUGGGAGCACUCAUGAUGUGGAAGAUUUUAAUUCCUUUUGUUCUUGUGAUGUGUGCUUUUGAAGCAGUUCAGAUAACUACCCAGCUGUCAUCAAAAGGCCUUUUUCUUGUUGUUCUCAUCAUAUCAGACAUCAUGGCAUUGCAUUUUUUCUUCUUGGUCAAGGAUUCUGGCAGCUGGCUGGAUAUUGGAACAAGCAUCAGCCACUAUGUGAUUGUCAUGUCCAUCACCAUCUUCCUGGUAUUUCUUAAUGGCCUGGCACAAUUGCUCACAACAAAGAAACUCCAACUGUGUGGCAAACCCAAAAUCCAUCUUAUGUGAUAUUGGUGAAGCGAUCAGUCAGCAUCUGCGUCCUGAUUCUCCUUCUUAAAGGAAAAUCCCACCAAGGAUUCAAGGAAAUGGAUAUUGGACCAGCAAGAUGACUCAGUGGGUAAAAGUGCUUGUUGCACAAGCGGACAACCUGAGUUUGACCCCUGAAACCCACACUGGAAGGAGAAAACAGACUUCCAGAGGUUGUCCUUUGGUCUCUGAGUACAUGCUGUAACACACACUCACCAUGCACUUGCACAUGUGUCAUGCAGGUAUACAUCACACACAUACAUGUAGCACUACAGUUUAAGAGAUGAUGGAUGAUAACGCACAGUACAAAUUCUGGAUUUACAGGGGUUCUGAAGUAAUGGUUUUUCUUUUGUCUGACAGCUUUUCCCAGUAAUGUUUGAGAGCACCUGCAGCCCUUCGCUCCUCCCUGUCAGCUUCAUGUACCUGUGGGGCGGUACUGACACCUUCCAAAGUCAUCCCUAAGUGGGGACUGAAUGGAACCACAGGUGACAGCAUAAACCCAUAAACCCAGUGUCAGCUCGCUUUGUGGUAGCUCUGACUGCUGGAGCAUGUGAUAAGAAAGACAGGUGGGGCUGCAAUCUGGGGUUUACUGAGUUGAGCCCCAGGGCAAAGCUGUGUGCCAGGCUCUGCCAUCCCUGUUCCUGCAGUAUGUUGGCUUGUGCCUCUCUGAGCUGCUUCAGGGGUUCUCGUAGCCAGCCAGCUAGCAAAGCUUUCACCUUUACAUUCUGUCAGUUUCUGGAUCAACUUCAAAUUUGGGGGGACUCUGCGGCUUUGUUGGUUAUUGUUUCAGUGUCACUCCCUAAAUCAGAGGCUGUAGUUUCUUGACAGUAUCAUAAAGACUCAAAUUGAUACUCUUUUGUCUUGAUAUUCUAGCCCUGACCAAAGGCCAGCCAUCUCAUUAGAUUGGGCUUUCCCUUUGUAUAUUCCAAUGUAUGAAGUAAUUUGAGAGUAAUUUUCAUUUGGGUUUUCCAUAAAGUGACCUAUACAGUGUAGAGUUGCUUGUACAAUACUGUAAAGUGCUUGGCUGAUAUUUUGCUGGUAUAUAUCCCUUUUUUUAAAAAAAUUGCUUUUGAUUGAAGUUAUAAUAUUAUAAAUGACUAAAAAACUCUUUAAAAGUUAAUACAUUUUUCAAAUUGGCAGGUAAGGAAAUAUAUGCUCUAGAAGAGUAAUCUCAGCUGAGCAAAAUAUACUUUUAUUUUCUAUUGAUACAGCAGGAAACUCAUUAUAGUGCAUUAAGUGAGAAAUACUGGUUCUAACACAGGCCUCAGCAUCACGGUGGAACAGUCUAGGUAGCAGCUCAGGAGCUACUGCAGCAAUGCUGACAUAGACAGGACCAGGACCCAGCUACCUUCCCAGACCCUCGGGAUUUCUGAUCCCAUUGUGUGAACACUUACCAUUUACCUUUGUACAAUUGAAUUCACAGUCCUCUUCUAUCUACAGGGGUUAAUUUUGUGUGUGCGUGUGCGUGUGCGUGUGCGUGUGCGUGUGUGUGUGUUCAUGCACAUGUGAGCACAGGUGCCCUCAGAGUCCAUAAGAGGGUGUUGGAUCCCUGGAGCUGCAGUGACAGGUUGUGAGGUUGUGAGCCACCACCUGUGUUUUACGAAAAGAAUUAAAGUAGGCAUCUCAAGGUGAAAAGAAUGAAAAUAUUGAAUGACAGGUGAAAAACGUACUAUGUUACAUGAAUCAUGAAUGAAUCUUUGCCACUAACUGUAAUGGUCAUAAUUUGCCAAUAAAUUCCUUAUAUUUUAUCAUUUAGUGUGUAAAGUCUUAGAACACAAAAUGCUUUCUUACAUUGUAGAAAAAUUAUAUUACAAGCUGGAUGUGGUGACCCAGACCUGUCUAUAAUCUCAGAGUUUACAAGACUGAGGAGGAGUAGUGAAGUGUUGCCCAGUCAUGUCUUUAGACACAGGCCGAAGCUAAGUAUUCCCUUCUCCUUGUGGGAGCCACAUGAACUCCAUAUACCCAUUAGAUGCCAUCUCAUCAGGAAGCUAGGAGAAUGUCACUGAACCACCUCAGUAAUGGGGACUUCCCAUGUCCCACUAGUGCUCAGGGUCUGUUAAGAGACCAAAGGUAGCCUGGUCAGGGGCUCUUCUUUCCUCAGUGGUUCAUUAUGCCAACAGUGCCCUCAUCCUCUCGAAAAUACUUCAGAGUGGUUAAGAUUAUUGUGCUGUGUGCUUUCAGUCCCUGGUAAUGUCUUGGUAGCAUUCCCCAUUUCUUCCCUGGUAUAGUUUAUAAAAAUAGAUUUCUAAAUAUAAUUCUAUAAAGAAAAAUAUUUGAGGUUGUAAAUGUCACUAAUUUUCUCUAGUACACUAAAAUAGAUUGGUGAUAAACUCUUCAUUAGAAUUGUAAUAUUUAUGUGCACAAACAGGGUUUUGGAAAUUGUUUCAAAUUCAUUAGAAUUGUAAUAUUUAUGUGCACAAACAGGGUUUUGGAAAUUGUUUCAAAGCAUCACUUGUUGAUGAAUAAAUAUAUGAUAAUAAAAGGCUUCCCUGACGAAGUGUUUGAGAAACAUCUAGGUUAGAAAGAUUUAAAGGUGUAUUUAUUUCUGGGAGUUAGUGAGAUCGAUUCAUGCAGGAUGCCCACAACUUCCAUAUGUCUGGCAGCAGAGUGUUUUCUCCCUCCUGAUGGGUAGGUAUAUUUUACAAAUGUUUCCAUGUACUUUUCUACACGAUUUCUAAACGGGUGUUGUAUAUUUAAUCGAAACUUUUUGGCAACUUGUAAAGUGUGUUUAUUAUAACUGUUAAACUGGGAAAAGUUGAGAACAUACUGGGGAUUUUGCCUGCACAUCAUUGUCUGUCCCUGUUGGAGUUUCUUCUCUUUUGCAUCCUCAGCCUGAAAAAAAUAAAAUCACAACUCUCAA